AUGAUCCGCUCGGCGAUCGCGUUCCAAGAGAAUGCGGCAGUGCCGAUCUUUGAGGCCGUUAAAAAGCUCGUGGGGACGCUGAAUGUAGCCAUGAUAAGGGUCAAACACGAGGAGUUGGACGACAUAGCGCAGCAGCCGGGGCUGUAA